AUGUUGGCAUCUCAACUUCCACUUGAUAUUAUCUUGCAAAUCGCCGAUCUUCUAUUGACAAAGGACAAGUGUUCUUGUUCUCUUACUUGCAAGCAAUGGAGAGACCCAUUCCAAAAGUUACUUGUUAAAAACAUACAUGUCGAUUCCAUUAAGCAUCUAAAAACCAUUUGCAAUACCAAUGCAACCUCAAAAACCAAAUCCAGAUCCUGUGGUCAUUUAGUGCAUGGUCUACGUAUAGGUGGUUGUUUCAUUUUACCGAAUGUGAAGCAAGAUGUCUUUUUUCGAUCACUGCCAAACUUGAAACAUCUUAAUCUUGGGAACAUGCGUUUUCAAGAUAUCAACACAAAGAUGACACAAUCUAACAAUACAUGGAUGUCGCUAGAAAGCCUAAAAAUCAAAAUUAACAAUAAUGAAGGACUACAAGGAGCGCCAGACCUCAUUAAAUUCUUAAAGACCAGUCGUGUGCUCGAAAAGUUAGAGAUAUUUACGAAGGACCGAGAAGUUAUAAUCACCUUUACUGAAAAUGACUUUGAAAAUCUGCACCAAAAUCUACAACAUCUUUCGUCGAUCAAGGCUUGUAUUUCUCUCAAUUUCUGUGCGUCAGCUUCACAGAACACAAUUCCAGAAAUUACACCCGCGCUUGCUUUAACGACCCUUUACUUAAGGCUGGAUGAGUGGGAUCCUUUAUUUCUAUAUUAUUUUGGAUUCAAAUAUCCAAACCUGCAUUCCUUGAGAUUGGAUUUCUCGAUUUCAAAUUAUAUGUGUGUAGAUUCUGGUACAUUGCAAAGAAUCACGCCUCUUUUUGACUCCAACCCCAAAGCACUCAAAUAUCUUGAAACAUUUGAACUCAUAACGAGAGACGCUUCAGAAAGUGCUCAUAUGGAUAUAUGGCAAUUUUUUACUUCAACUAAAGUCCCUAUCAAGAAUUUUAAGUACAAGACAGUAUACGGCGACAGUGCUUCGCGUGAUUAUAAAGUGCUUAUUGAACGGAUACUACGGGCGUUUCCGAAAACACUAGAGACGUUAUCAAUCCUUGGAAGAGCAAGUUGUGGCAGUAGAUCUACUAAAAUGCUGGAAAUAUCUCUCUGCCCGUUAUUAGUGGAUCUUGAAAUCAAUGAAUGUAGUGUGUGCGUUGACCUUAACAAUCUAUUAGACAGCUGCAUUGCCCUCAGGCGACUGAAACUUCACUCUGACAAGCUGUCUAUUACCUCAGGUACAGAUAACCGAGAACCAAAGCAAUACCAAGGACGGCAGCAGCAUGGAUUGCAUGUAUUGGAGCUACAUGGGGUUGGCACAAGUACGUCCGUAUUUAAUUGCCUCUCCUUCAGAUGCAGAGACCUAGAAUAUAUGAAAUUGUGCUAUGUGUCUAUCGAUGGGACUAUUUCUGAAGAAACUGGGCGCUUGCUCGUUGAUAUGCCCUACACUUUUUUCAAAAUGCUACUUCUCUGUGAUGUUUCCUACUGUUCAUCUGACGGCCAUGGGAAUGAUAAAACGAUUAUUACUAUAUUUCUUUUGUCUCGGUUAAACAAUCCUCUACAAUCGAAUGAAGAAAGAAGAAAAGAUGAAAGGGAGUUGGAAUCUACUACAGUAGAAUAUCAUAAUCAGCAUGACAUAGCUUGGUUUCACACCUUUACUGAUGGUGUAUAUGAUUGGGACAAUGACACGGGUAUCGUACAACUCUGUAAGCAACAAGUUAGUACCGCUGUCAAUUUCUUUCAAGGCUUCCGGUCUAAUAGAGUUCCCAGAGCAUCGAUCUUUGAUUCAUGGGGAGGUUAUAUAGAAGAAGGCUGGGAUGCUGAUCUUCGUAAUGGGUAUGCUGAAUUUAGAUGUGGAAACGUAGAAAAGUAUAGUAUUUAUGGUGUUAUUUCAGAUGACCAAGACAAUUGGGAUAAGUUGCACAGUGGUUUUCCUUAA